AUGGCUGGUGUUGUGAGCACAGACGGGGUGUUUGAUGUGUUUAUUUCGCUUCGCUUCAGCGAGGCGAGGAACGCGGGGCGUGCGCUUGAGCGGGCACUUGAGGAGCGCGGUAUCAAGACGUUUUUGUGCGACGUUGCGCCUGGCGAUGACAUUGCGAGCGCGGUGAUUCGGGCACUGCAUGGGUGUCGGAUGGCUGUGAUUCUGGGCACGCGAACAUAUGGCAAGCGGACGGCCACGAAGUUCAGCACGUUUGAGGAGCUGCGAUACAUUGUCAACCGCAGCAAGCCGUUCUUUUUGGUGAAGAUGUGUGACGACUUUGCUGAGCCUGAGGCGCAGUUUCGGCUGUCAGAGGACAUUUCGUACUUCCCAUGGACCCCUGACGAGGGUGCGCCGCACGUUGAGGUCCCUGCGGCUCUGGUCGACGAAAUUGUGGCGAAGCUGAAGACAAUUCCUGAGACAGCAGCACCGGCGGACGCGGCACCGUUUGAGCGUGGACGGCACGGGUAUGGGGCGCUGCCGCCGCCGAAUGUGCCCGUGAUGUCGCGCGAGGCGGCGGAGGCAAUCCUACUGGACCGAGACGACGCAAUGCCUGGGGACUAUCUCGUGAGGCGCAAGAAGAAACGCAACACUGCUGUGAUCGUCAGCCUGGUUGCGCAUCCUGGUGUUGUGGAGCAUCACGUGUUGGAGAGAGGCUUGGAUGGCAGCUAUGUGGUGAACGGCACGCGGCCUGCAAAAGCAUGCGGCACACUGUCCGCCAUGUUGGAGCACCUGUCCACGAACCGCGAGUCCAUGACACGCACGUUGCAGUGCCGGGUUGUGGAGACGCAGUCACAGCAGCAGCGGCAGGCCGGUGAAGAGCGUGGGACGACACCUGAGGUGGUGUACGAUGUGGGACGCGCGGACGAGGCCGAGGACCAUGCUGGCCCGGAUGCCUGCAUUGGCGUGGCCCGCGCGGAGCGCCUGCAUCAGCAACAGCAGCCGUGGAACCCAGAGCAGAAAUACGAGGAGAUUGCCGGUGGGCACGAUGACCAGGUGUAUGCCUGUCCUGAUGCAGCUGGCUUUGGGGUGUAUGGCACGAUGAGUGGCGAUGUGGGUGACGAUACCGAUGCUGGCGUGGAUGACGCCGCUUUUCUGCGGAGCGGGCGGCCCUCGUCUGGAUCGCUGUCGAUGCGGGCGGCGCCGGCGGGCAUCAAGGCGUUCUCGAUGGAGGUUGCUGACGAUGCAGUUGUGACCAAGCGCGGGUGUGGCUGGAAGAGGAUACUGGUGGCGCUUGCGGUGGCGGUCGUGGUGGGCGUUGCAGUUGCGGUGCCCUUGGCUGUGCUGGGCAUGGGUGGCAGUUCGGCAACCCUGGACUGUGGCGAUCUCAAGUCUCGGGCCCAGUUUGCGAGCGCCAAGCUGCGCCAAGCUGCUGCUGUGGUGAAUUGCUGCUGUGAUGAGUUCUACAACCUGGAGUCUGUGACAGGCUCUGUUGCGCUGAACAGCACGCUGACGAGCCUGCAAUUUGGGUCUGUGCAGAAGGUUGUGGGUAUCAUCAACGUCGACGGCGAUACACUCGCUGCAAUCGACUUUGGCGGCCUCACUAGUGUGAGUGGAUUCAUGCAGAUCACUGACACCGCCGUCCUCACCAGCAUCGACUUUGGCAGCCUCGCUAGUGUGGAAAGACACGUCACGAUCUACAACAACGAUGCGCUCACCAGCAUUGACUUUGGUAACAUCACCAGCGUGGGCGGAUACAUCAGCUUCAGUGGCAACUACGCCCUCACCAGCAUUGACUUUGGUAACAUCAGCGGUGUGGGAGGCAUCUUGGUCAGAGCCAGCCGUGCCCUCACCAACAUCGACUUUGGAAGCAUCACCAGCGCGGGUGGAGGACACAUCGACAUCAGCGAGAACGACGCCCUCACGAGCAUCAACUUUGGCAGCCUAACUAGUGUGGAAGGAUACGUCGCGAUCUACAGCAACGAUGUGCUCACCAGCAUUGACUUUGGCAGCAUCACCAGCGUGGGUGUAGAUGUCAACGUCAGAUCCAACCGUGCCCUCGCUAACAUCGACUUUGGCAGCAUCACCAGCGUGGGUGGAUUCAUCGACAUUCGCUACACCAGCGUCACCAGCCUCGACUGCAAGGGCGUAGGCACGUGCAUCCGCUACGAUGCGGGCGUCUCCCUGCACAACUGCCCAUCGCCGUGCUGACCCCGUCCAACGGACACACCCCUCGCUCCUGCUGCUAUCAUUACGUUCACCCAGCUCCGCUGCCACCCGUUCCCUGUCCAUGUCGUGUGUGAUGGUUGUUCUUACCACAAUUACUUCCUUCUGUCUCCUCGCCCCAAUUACUGCGCCCCGUGUUUCUUUCUCCUCUGUUCUCUCUGUCUGUCUUCUUUGCCUGGUUGAUUGUGUGUAGCCCCC